AUGAGUUCCUGGAAAAGUAAUACAGUCCUUAAAACUGGAGAGCAUCAAACUAUUAUUUCACAGAAAAGUAUAAUUUCUCUUACUGCUCAAAAUGCCGAAAUAGUAGCGAUGGACGAUCUUGACAUUAAACGUCUGUUGGAUGUAGUUUCGGUCCAUCAACCUGCCACCCUUUAUUCCGACAUAGUGCUGAACGGAACGGUUUUCACCAAUGGAAUAGUCGUAAAUGGUAAAAUUGAUGGAGUGAACCGCAAUGCUCCAUUGAACUGGCUACGCUAUGGAGUAAAUCAAAAUUUAUCCGGAAAUGUUGAAAUUCGAGGAUCGCUGGAUGUAGGUGACUAUCGACAAGAUUCUUGGAUGGUGAACGCUGUCGAUUUGAACGUAUUGCUCCAAGAUGCAGUUCGUAUUAAUGACCUUAAAGAGUUUUCCUCCCUUAAAUUUGAUCAUAUUGUUAUAGAUGACCUGAAAGUGGAAGGCCUUAUUCAAGGACAUAAUGUCACUGAAGAACUCGUACUGUAAGACUCUGAUGUUCAUCCAACUAUUUUGGGUGUUAAAUCUUU